AUGUAUGAGGUUUUCGUAGAAGGAGAAUAUUCUAGUGUGGAGGAGAUUAAAGAAAAUCAGGAUUAUGGCAUAGAAAAGAUUAAAUUUGUUAGCAACAAUAAAGAUGACAUUCCUCAAAAUGAAGAUAAUGUGUCUGAGUUGAUGAGAAUGUGUCUGAAGAAGGUAUUGGGGAUACUGAAGAAAGAAAUGAAUGGGAGGAAGACUACAACCAAGUGGCUUCUGAAAUCGAAGGAAGUUGAGGCUCCUAAUGUUGAGAGAAGUCAAAAUGAUAUGGAGAAGGAUGUCAUUGAUAUAUUUGAAGGACUUGUUGAAUAUAAAGAAUAUGUAAGUUAUGAAGAUCAAAACCUUAAGAUUCUAGAUGUCAAUGAAAAUUUCAUUGGCAAUGUUGAAGAUGUUGUUCCUGUUGUUGUUGAAGCUGAAACCUCUAAAAGAAAUUGGAAAAGGCCCAAAGGACGUUUGAGAAGAAAAAGUAUACUUUGA